GCAAGAUGGCGGGGUUGCUUUGUCUUCAGCGAUCGGGUUAAUUCAAUAUUCUAUAUUAUUUCUCCGAAAGAUACAUUGGUGAUAAUUCUGUGAGCUUUCUCUCUGGUAAAAGGUGUCGUAAAAUCAAAGUGUCCUAGACCAGCUAGAAAUGACGGCAGAGAUUUGCAGUACCAGCAAGUUGAAUACAUUGGUGACAAAACUACAUGAGUACUUGGGCCAUUCAUCAGAAGAGGAAAAUUGUGAGCGCCAGGUUCCUGAAAUCUCCCGCGGUAAAUUGAGCAAAGUUUCCAGUGAAUCAAGUACUACAGACCAAAUAAUGGAAGAGCCAGGAAGCUCAACGGACACCGUGAAGCCCUCUUCCUCCCGCUCAAAGAGGAAACCUACUGUCGUGACGAAGCACACUGGAUUGGAUGAAUCCGACAUUUCGGAUGAGAGCGGGAAUGAAGGCGCCGCGUCUGAAAAUGCUUCGGAGGGAAACCUGGAUGUGAACAGCCUACCGAAAGGCACAGUGGUGGUGAAGCCGGAGCCCGUGGGAAACGAAGCUAAAGAUGACUUCAGAGGACCCGAAUUUCGCAGCAGAGGAUCUGCUAAAUUAAAAACGGAUUCCCUGCGAAAGCGAUGUGGUGAGCAUUUGCAGAACAUUGUGAGUUGCACUGCCUGUGGACAGCAGGUCAACCACUUCCAGAGGGACUCAUUCUAUCAGCACCCUGUUCUGAAAGUGCUCAUCUGCAAGUCAUGUUUCAAGUUUUACUCGAGCGAUGACAUCAGCAAGGAUGCAGAUGGGAUGGAUGAACAGUGCAGGUGGUGUGCAGAAGGGGGUAACCUGAUCUGCUGCGAUUUCUGCAAUAACGCCUUCUGCAAGAAGUGCAUUCUGCGCAACCUGGGGCGGAAGGAGCUCUCCGGCAUCAUGAGCGAGGAGAGCAAGUGGUACUGCUACGUGUGCAGCCCGGAGCCCCUGCUGGACCUGGUGGCAGCCUGCGACAGCGUGCUGCAGAACCUGGAGCAGUUGUGGCAGCAGCACCACAGGCGGUCCAGAGGCGAUGGCGAGAAGCCAGGCCGGGAUAAGGGCGCCCACCGGCACCCUCAGAUGGCUAAGGGGGCCCUCAACGGCAAGGAGCAUGGCCUGGAUGGCGUGAGCUCGGGCACCCUUGCCUUCACCUACAAGGCACUGAAGGUGCCCAAGGAACUGGUCAAGAAGACCAAGAAGCUGAUUGAGACCACGACCAGCCUGAACCAGACCUUCAUCAAGUUCAUCCAGCAGGCCUCCACAGAGCAGGGCUCCAGCGUGGUUCGGCGGCGGCACCUAAAGGCCUUCCGGUCGGUGCUCUCGGACCUAAAGAAGGCCCACGCUGCCCUGGAGGAGUCCCUCGAGCAGGAGUUCAAGUGUGUAGAGCUGCAGAAUGGAGAUGAGAUAAGGUGCGAAGUUAGCAGUGCGAGGCAAGUCACAGAGGUGGAGGCAGCCGAAGAGGGAAACCAUGUCAACCAAGAGGAGGUCAAAGAGACGGUCAUGGGCAACUCGGCGGAAAACUGCGAGUAUCGUGAAGAGGACGGUGCGGCAGAUGGAGCAGCGGAUGGGACGGUGGAUGCCGUAUCAGACGACGUGGAAAUGGAGGACCCUGCAGCCUCACCCAAGGAACCACACAGGACUCCGGGGGAACGGGAGCUGACUGAAAAGAGCGCCGUUUCAAAAAAAGAGGAAGACAACAAGGAGGGGUCGGGCUCAGCGGGCGAGUCCUCCCUGGACAAGGAAAUCGUCUCUGUCCCGCUCUCUGUACCGGACGAGCUCUUCGAGAAAGCGGACGGUGCUGCCGAUUCCUUGGGUGUGGCUGACGGGAAGGGGCGAUCAAGGACCAGAGCAGGGAAGACUAGAUCCACCAUUUCCCUCAGGAAGUCCCCUGACUCUGGGAAGGGCCCCACAAAGGUGAUCAGAAACCUGGUGGUGAAGUUGACACCGGUUCCUCUGGAUGGGUCUCCCAUACCCCGGGUCCGGACCAAGGCAGAGGAUGAGGGUAGUAAAGUGGGAGAUAUGGAUGUGGAGAAGGAGGAGCUUGGAGCAGAGGAUGGGGCCAGCGAAGAGGAGGUUGUCUGCGAAGCUGAGGGAGCUCUGCCUGUGGAAGAGGGGCUUGAGAUGAGGCGCUCACCCAGGGUGAAGACCACACCCCUUCGAAAACAGACGGAUAGCAAGAGCAAGCCGCUCCCCGAACAGAUCAAGAGCGAGAGUGAGUCUGAUCAAGACAUUACCGACAAGGCCAAAGAUCCGUGUGGCCUGCUUGAUUCCAAGGCAGACGGGGAUAAAGACUCCAGGAGAACCGCAGCCUCCUCCAGCAAGGGCGAUGACUCAGACUCUGAUGAAGUCCCUGCCGUGCUGCUCCAGAUUGCAGACAGCUCAGAUGAAGCCGAGGGUGACACCAGCAAGGCCUCCAGCAAGGUGACGAGACGGUGCCUCUUCCAGCUGCAGAAGAGCUCUGCUCCAUCCCGGGAUCAGGCGGCCUCCAAGCGCAAGGGACGCGUGAGCGCCUCGGACUCCGACAAGGCGACUAGACCCAAGAAAGCCUCAAAUGUAAAGAAGGAGAGGGGCUCAGACUCGUCCAACUAUGAUUCAGACUUGGAGAAGAAGAUAAAGAGCAUGAGCAAACUCAGCACCGUCAAGAGGAGUCGCCGCAGGGUGAGCGCCUCGGACCCGGACAAGGCAAGUAGACCCAAGAAAUCCUCAAAUGUAAAGAAGGAGAGGGGCUCAGACUCGUCCAACUAUGAUUCAGACUUGGAGAAGGAGAUGAAGAGCAUGAGCAAACUCAGCACCGUCAAGAGGAGUCGCCACAGGUCCAAGAAACAGGUGGAAGAGUUGGAGGAAGAGGGAGCAGCGGAAGAAGACGGAGAGGAAGGGGAGGAGGAGAAAGAAGGAAAAGCGGGAAAGCGACGCAAAGCGGCCGAAGAGAAGAGAGAUGCUCGGUCAAAGAGGAGGGCGGCGAAAAACGAAACAAACUCGCAACAGUCGUCUUCCUCAAGCGCUGAUGAGGAAGAGGGAGAAGCGGAAGAAGACGCAGAGGAAGGGGAGGAGGAGAAAGAAGGAAAAGCGGGAAAGCGACGCAAAUCGGCCGUAGAGAAGAGCGCUGCUCGGCCAAAGAGGAGGGCGGCGAAAAACAAAACAAAAGCGCAAGAGUCAUCUUCCUCAAGCGAUGAUGAGGAGGAGGAAGACGAGGCAGAUGGAGACCAGGAAGCCAACUCUGCGGAGGACAGCGAUGAUCAACAGAAGAUUAAGCCAAUCGUAGGCGAGGUUGCUACGGCAGCUCUUGAAUCUUUCCAGCAGUCAUCAGGCGACGAAGCUUCUAUAAAAUCUGGUCCUACGUUGGUUGCGGACGAUGACGAUGAUCCGGAAAACAGAAUUGCUAAGAAGAUGCUCUUGGCCCAAAUCAAAGCCAACUACUCUUCAGGGGAUGACAGCUCUUCAGACAACAAAGAAUCUGAGAAGGAGGACAAGAAGUCCCGCAUGAAAAAAGAGGAUGAGGAAGAGGAUGAAGACGAUGACGAGAACAACUCGUCCAACUCGGGUUCGGGCUCCGACUCGGAAGACGACGUGAAGAACGCUCCGCACCGGCACAAGCUGCUGCGGCACAAGCUGUCGGUGAGCGAAGGGGAGUCCGGCGACAAGAAACCCAUCGGCAAGAAGAAGGCGGGGCUCAAGAGGAAAGCCCGCAGGAAGGUGAGCAGCGACGACUCCGCCGAUUCGGACUUCAAGGAGUCGGGCGGGAGCGACGAUUCUGCCAUCAGCGAGGAGUUCAGCGAGUCAGGCGGCGAGGGCAGCCGACGCAAAACGAGGUCUUCAAAGAAGGAGGAGUCUAACCGGAGCUACCACCAGAAGAAGAAGAGGCGUCGCAUCAAGGUGCAGGAUUCCUCCUCCAGCAACGAGAAGAGUGGUUCCGAGGAGAACGAUGGCGACACUGACAAGGGAGAUGACGAAGACGACGAUUCUAAGACCACACCCAAGGGCCGCAAGAAGAUCCGCAAGAUCCUCAAGGACGACAAGCUGAGGUCGGAGACGCAGAACGCUCUGAAAGAGGAGGAGGACAGGAGGAAGCGGAUCGCAGAGCGGGAACAGCUGCGGGAGAAGCUGAGAGAGGUGAUAGUUGUGGAGGAGGCGUCCCAGGUCACCUGCCCCAUAACCACCAAACUGGUCCUGGAUGAGGACGAGGAGACCAAGGAGCCGUUGGUCCAGGUGCACAGGAACCUGGUGACCAAGCUCAAGCCCCACCAGGUGGACGGAGUGCAGUUUAUGUGGGACUGCUGCUGUGAAUCGGUGAAGAAGAUAAAGAAGUCUUCAGGGUCAGGUUGCAUCCUAGCCCACUGCAUGGGUCUGGGUAAAACACUACAGGUGGUGACCUUCCUGCACACGAUGCUGCUGUGUGAAAAACUCUCCUUUAGCACCGCCCUGGUGGUGUGCCCACUCAACACGGUCCUUAACUGGCUCAACGAGUUUGAGAAGUGGCAGGAGGGCAUGAAGGACGAGGAGUCCUUAGAGGUGACCGAGCUGGCCACGGUGAAACGGCCCCAGGAGCGAGCGUACGCUCUGCAGCGCUGGCAGGAGGACGGCGGCGUCAUGAUCAUGGGCUAUGAGAUGUACCGCAACCUCACCAAGGGCCUCAACAUCAAGAGCAAGAAGCUAAAGGAGACCUUUCAGAAGACUCUGGUGGACCCAGGCCCAGACUUCGUGAUAUGUGAUGAGGGGCACAUCCUGAAGAAUGAGGCCUCAGCCAUUUCCAAAGCCAUGAACUCCAUUGUGACGAGACGAAGAGUGGUGUUGACGGGGACCCCGCUACAGAACAACCUCAUUGAGUACCACUGCAUGGUGAACUUCAUCAAGGAGAACCUCCUGGGCUCUGUCAAGGAGUUCAGGAACCGCUUCAUCAACCCGAUCCAGAAUGGCCAGUGCGCUGACUCCACCCUUAUCGACGUGCGAGUUAUGAAGAAGCGUGCUCAUAUCCUGUAUGAGAUGCUGGCUGGCUGCGUCCAGAGACGGGAUUACACGUCUUUGACUAAAUUCCUGCCCCCGAAGCACGAGUACGUGCUGGCAGUGAGGGUGACGCCCAUCCAGUGCAAACUCUACCGAUACUACCUGGAGCACUUCACAGGUGUGGGAUCCGCCUUGGAGGGCGGGCGAGGCCGGGCCGGUACCAAGCUGUUCCAAGAUUUCCAGAUGCUCAGCAGGAUCUGGACCCAUCCGUGGUGUCUUCAGCUGGACUACAUCAGCAAGGAAAACAAGGGCUACUUUGACGAGGACAGCUUGGACGAAUUCAUAGCGUCGGAAACGGAGGAGUCCUCCAUGAGUUUAUCCUCCGAGGACGAGAAGGUCAAAAGAAAGAAAAAGAGCGGGAAAGGAAAGAAGGCUGGCAGCGAGUCCGACAGCGACGAGCUGGAAGUGAUCAAAGAGUGGAACACCAGCUCCCGGGGGGGAAACCCAGAGGGACGAAACAGGGCCGAGCCCGUCGAGGAAGUGAAACCGUCCUCCAGUUCGGCUCCUGGCAGCCCCUCCCCUGACUGGCACAAGGAGUUUGUCACUGAAGCGGAUGCUGAAAUUCUGGAACACUCUGGAAAGAUGGUGCUACUGUUUGAGAUCCUCCGGAUGGCAGAGGAAGUCGGAGACAAAGUGCUUGUGUUCAGCCAGUCUCUGAUUUCGCUUGACCUCAUUGAGGACUUUCUGGAGCUUGCUGGAAGAUCCAAAGAAGAUGAUAAACCUUCACCCUAUAAAGGUGAGGGAAAAUGGUUCAGAAACAUUGACUACUACCGCCUAGACGGGUCAACGAACGCUUUGGCGAGGAAAAAGUGGGCUGAAGACUUCAACGACACAAGCAAUGUCCGGGGUCGUUUGUUCCUCAUCUCCACAAGAGCCGGGUCCCUUGGGAUCAACCUGGUAGCGGCAAACAGGGUCAUUAUAUUCGAUGCUUCCUGGAACCCCUCCUAUGACAUUCAGAGUAUCUUCAGGGUGUAUCGCUUCGGCCAGAUCAAGACUGUGUUCGUCUACAGAUUUCUGGCUCAGGGUACCAUGGAGGAGAAGAUCUACGACCGGCAGGUGGCGAAACAGUCCCUCUCCUCUCGAGUGGUGGACCAGCAGCAGAUCGAGCGGCAUUUCACCAUGAACGAGCUGACUGAGCUGUACGCGUUUGAGCCCGACCAGGUGGACGAUCCCAACUCCGAGAAGAAGAGCAAGAGGGCCACGCCCAUGCUUCCCAAGGACCCCUUCCUGGCCGAGCUGCUGCAGAGCUUUAAGGAGCAAAUCGUGGGGUACCACGAGCACGACUCCCUCCUGGACCACAAAGAGGAGGAGGCCCUGAGUGAGGAGGACCGCAAGGCCGCCUGGGACGAGUACGAGGCCGAGAAGAAGGGUUUGUCAAUGAAGACGAACCAGCCGAACUACGCUCAUAUGGGAUUGGCCGCCAACUCUUAUAUGCCCUUUAACAUAGCCGCCCUGGCCGCCAUGAGUAACCAGCAGCUGGAGGACCUGCUAAACCAAGGCCGGCAGAAGGUGCUGGAAGCCUCGAAUGCCAUGCAGACCCUCCCAAGAGAGUCCCUGGAGGACACCAUCGCUCGAAUGUGGAAGGAGAACCCAAGCCUGACGGAGGUGCAGGUGCAGGCCAUGGCCUAUAGCCGGCAGGCCACCGUGCAGGUGGAGCUGAAGCGGAGGGAGGCCCUGUACCGCGACGUGCUCAACAAGCAGCAGACGCUGAUGAUGUACGUCCAGAAGGUGAUCACCAACAGAAAGGUGCAGGAGCAGCAGAUCGCCUUGGCCAACCGGGCCAACCUCCUGAACCAACUGGCCAUGCAGAAUGACUUGUUGGGAUCUCAGGGCCUGACCCAGAUGGACUUGCUGGGAAUGUACCAGUUUGGCGGGCAGAUGUCCCAGGUGUUGCCAGGGGUGGCCACACAAAACAUCCCAGGAUCCUCCAAGGGCAACUAAACGUGUCUGACGCACCCGCCCUCUGAAGGAUCUGGGUUCUGGACUGGCAGAGUGAUUUAAUCCACUUUUAAAACCUAAUUGCUGCUUCCCCCACCGAGAGAAGUAUGCAGAAACAUCUAACAUCUAAGGACAGUCCUAAGGGGUCUUGCAAUUUUAUUGUUGUAUAUAUAGCCUUAAUGUUAUUCAUUUUAUUCCCAUUUUUCAAGGUAUUUUCAAAAAGAUGAAAAUGGAAAAAAACUAAUUCCCCCUAAAAGCUUUUAAGCAUUGCAUCAUCCUUUACAUAAAAAUUCCCUUUUAAGGAGGGCUGUUGAAAUUGUUUUUGUUUAGUUUUUUAUAUCGUAUAUAUAAAAGUAUAAUAUAAAUGCCUAAAUACACUUCAGUGGGACCAUAGUAUUUCUUGUUUAUUCUGAUUUGACUACCUUUUGCCUCCUUAAAGCAGCAACCCUCUCCCCUUAAUAGAGUUCUUAAUAAAUUUGUAACAAUUUGAUGGUAACUGGUUCUCCAGGAGAUACUGGUGCCCAAUACCUGAAAAUAAUUUGUUGCUUAAAUUAUGGCCUUUACAGAAGGUUAAUGGCAUCUAGUAAAAUUAUGAAAUAAAAAAAAGUGUUAGAUACCUUCUUUUUUUCUUUCUUUUGUAUUAUGCUUUGAGGCAGUUAUACUAGUUGUUGCUUAAUCAUGAUAUGGAAUGCCCGUGUCGUUCAAACUGCUUGCUGGAUUCUCUGGACUUUUGUAACUUCCAGUUCUUGUUGUAAAGUGUGCCUAGUCAUAGUACUGUGGGUACUGUUAUCGUUUUCCUGUUUUAUUUUUUUGUUUGUUUUUUUUGUUAUUCUUUUGUUCCACUUGUGUUGUGUUAUGUUUUUGUUAUUUCUUCGCACAUUUUCGCUUUCAGUGCUAAACAAGCGUAGAUGUGUGGUGUUGAGGAACGACCUCACUUAUCGGAGACUGUGGGAGGGUGUGCACUCCCCAGAUUGCACAAGCUGUAAUUAAGAAAUGUAGAGGAACUUUUAUCCUUCCCAAGAAUGUUACCACAUUAGCAAAUACACUUCCUUGUUUUGCCAUUAAUCUGAUCUGCAAUUUACUAGAUUAGUAUUUAAUAUUACAUUUAAUAAAGUGACCAAAAGGCUGGUUUUCUUGUA